AUUGUAGGCCUUGGCCAAGGGGCUUUUUUGUCUGCUUGGCUACACACUACACUGCUACACAUGCUGGAAAGAUGGCAGCCGCCUGGGAGGAGGUUGAGACUGCGCAACGAGAGAAACGUCGGGAACUGAUGUUACACGGCUCUCUCGUUAACAAGAGAAUUGAAGAAUCUGGCCUUGAUGAUACGAUUUUCACUUUAGAGAAUCUCAACAAUUUGAAGAUCGCAGGGACUCCUCUUCCUGCCAUCUCAGACGGGUUAGGUGGUUUAGUCAAUCUGAUGAAUCUCUCUCUGGAGAAUAACCAGCUGACUCAGCUGCCAGACACAGUUGGUAACCUCAAGUCUUUAAAGUCACUAGAUGUAUCUGGAAAUAAGCUAACAUUGUUACCUGAAUCGUUAGUGAAACUCACCAAUCUGCAGUCUUUGAACACAAACCUAAAUAUGUUGACUUCGUUUCCGGACAUUUCGAACUUGAAGCAACUUGCAUUUGUGAGCAUUUCUAAAAACAAAUUAUCAUGCCUGCCUGAGGGUAUAUGUGACCCUAGUCUGUGUCUAUUAAGCCAGAUUGAAGCAGACUGCAAUAGCAUCACUGAUCUACCUCCAGAACUCUCACAAUUGCCUCAUCUUAUGAAGUUGAAUGUUGCUUCAAACAAGCUUGACACACUCCCUCUCGAGUUGUCUGAAAGUCCUAAACUGAAAGAACUUAUAAUAGCUGAUAAUAAAAUGAAAGACAGAAAGAUGCUUAAACUAGCAGAUCACUCAACAAAGUCAUUGCUCAGUUAUCUUGGAACAUUGCUUGAAAAACGAAAUGCAACAGACAGUCGAAAUAAAGACAGUAAGAAGGAUAAUCACAAAACAAAACACAAGAAGAAAAAAGGGGACAAGAAAGAUGAAGGGGACGUACAGCGUGAUGUGAUCUCAGUCCUACAGUUUGAAUCGGAGGGAGGAGUGACAAUAUCGGUGACCCAACCUGUGAUGGGUGUGCGACAAUACAUCGUGUGCUGCAUCAUACGGAACCUAGAUUUUUCUAAAUCGAACAACAUGUUCAAAAGAUUCAUCAAUUUACAGACAAGACUACACGAAACUGUUUGUGACAAACGUCAGGCCUCCACUAUCGCCACCCAUGACCUGAAACUGGUAAAAGCACCACUUGUAUAUGAUGCGGCCCUGCCUAGUGAAAUACAGAUCACGCCCUUGUUCAAGGCAAAGACAACAACAGCGGAAGCACUAAUGAAGGAACUGAGGGAUGAGGCAGAGGCUGUCCGCAAAGAAAAGAAAAAAAAUAUGCUGAGUGGUGUGCAUAAGUACCUGGACUUGCUGAAGGACAAAAGCCAUUACCCGUGUGUGCGAGACUCUGAGGGUGAUGUUAUCUCCUUCCCCCCGAUCACAAACAGCGAGAAAAGUAAAAUUUCCAAAGAGACCACGGACAUCCUCGUGGAAGUGACGAGCUCCUUGAGUCUGGAGCUGUGUAAGAAAGCCAUGGAGGAACUCCUGCUGGCCACUCUGCUGACCGGAGUUGGAACCCCUGCUGCCGCGACUGGUGGUGAUGCUGGUGAAGGGGAAAUUGCAGAGAGUAAGGGAAAGAAAGAGGCCGUGGACACCAGCCGGAUGAGAUUCCCACAGUCUCUGACAGUCGAGCAAGUGAAAAUUCUAGAUUCUCAGGGAAACUUACGAGUCAUCUACCCAUCUCGUGUUGAUCUGGACAACCCUGCCUUCGACGUAGUGAGGAAUUAUGAAUGAGCAGUGUACGGAAAUCACGCCAUGCUUCUAGAUAUGUAAAGGACCGUUCAUUAAUGACGUCAGCUCGGGGGUCGAUGAAAAAUUGACAUGGGGGUCCUUACAAAGUUUGACAUCAAACGUGAUGCUCUAAAAGGCUGGGGGGAAAAGAAAACAAAAGAAAGGAAAAAAAAAUAUUAUAGAUCACAUUUUCGCUGUCUAAAAUUAACACAGUUAAUUAUUUUGAUUAGUUAAAGUUGUUAAUAAAUAAUUCGACAGUUCAAGUCUUUCUUUGUUGUAUUCUUUAAUAAACAAUAGCAUCCUACAUGUACAUGUGCAUUUUGGUUGAUGUCAAGGGGGGUGGGGGGGUUCCUGGGAAGGAUGACAGAAAAGGGCAAGGGGGAGGGGGGAUCAUUUUUGGCCAAAUUUUUAGCUGACGUCAUUUGUGAACAGUCCCUAAGUGCAGUACGUUAAUAAAACAUUUGCAGAAGUCAUUUUUUGUGUUCUAAGAUAAAGUUUAAAAAGUAGUGCUUACUUUACUCAACUUUAUAAAUUAGGCAAUGAAAAAAAAAAUCUAGGUUAGUAGACUAGUAGUUUAGCUACAGGACUUGAAAUUGGGAGAUUGUGGGUUCGGGGGUUUUGCGGCUCAGCUUGAUCCGAUGUUGUGUCCAACUAGGAAACGCUCUUUACUCUUAUUUUCCCAUUUGGCUCGGUCCUAUCAGAGAUGAACAUUAAAUUCGGAGACCCCUCAUAUUUAAUAAAUUUACAGUGUUGCAAAAGAUGUUAAACAUAUACAGUUACACCCAUUUUUCAAAACUCUGAUGUUGAGAAUAUGAAACAAGCAACAGCCGUUUUCACCAUUAACUAUGUUUAUCUAUAGAGGCGUUUCUUUUCAUACGUUGACAAAGCAGGGCUGGCGGUAUAAUGGGGGGUCAUAUAACAAGGUUUGACUGUACUGCAAUCAUGUUAUGACCAUUGUUAUAUAUGUGGAGGCAGUGAUCCUUCAAGACCACAUGCUGCAUGCCGUUCUCAGUUUGGAAUUUUCAAAUUUUAAUGGUCUUGUUGGUCUUCAUGUAUGAUUUCGUCAUGAUAGUAUUUUUCUUUACUAACUGCCUCUGGUCCCUUGUGGAGCAUAACCAGCCCAAGUGUUGUGUCCGUCUGCUCUGUCUCUUUCUCUCUCUGUCUCUCUGUCUCUCUGUCUCUGUCUCUGUCUCUCUCUCUCUCUCUCUCCCCCCCCUCUCUCUCUCCCUCUCCCCCCCCUCUCUCUCUCCCUCUCCCUCUCUCUCCAGCUGUCUCCAGGAAUGUCCAGUCCUCCUUGCCUCUAUAGGUUAUAUACGCAUCAUGGCACUAAAUGUUCUGUGGCAUUCCUCUUUUCUUUUUCCCUCGUGGGUUCCAGGUUACAGCUGAAAUUGUGCUGGUUGCAGGCUCUGUAUUGACUAGCACUUGUGUUGGCUUCAUUAUUUUUAAUGUUAUUUGUCUUAAGUUUUCAGUCUUCUUAGAUUCAUGACCUACUUCGUGCUCUUAAUUUUUUUUUAAUUCAUGGACUACCUCCCCAAAAACAAUAUAUUGCCGGUGUCGCAAGCAAUCCACCUAAGUUUAAGUCAGUUUGGGUAGUUUUUACACCAGAGACAAAAAAAUCUAGUUUUUGUUGUGUUGUGCCUAGAUCUAUCAGGAAUCAUGAAAAGCAAGAAAAUUGUAAGCCUUAACCAUAGAAUUAAAUUGAAUUUUGGUGAUGCUGAAAGGUGCAUCUUUGAUAAAGCUUUGAGAGGGUGUAAAAAAUUAACAUUUUCAAAAUUUGGACUUCAGUGGAUUGUUUGCGACAGUGAUGAUAUUAUUAUACAUGCAAGUGAAACUAUACUAUAAAUGAGGGCCUGGAUCUGAUGACUUCACAACCCACUAUACAAGAUUUUUACAACCUACCAGAUGAAAGUAACUCACUAUUGUGAAGUUUUAAAUUUUUCAGGAAUAGGCAUAAUUUUUUUCCCGAACAGUAUACUUAAUUUUCUAUUCCUUUUUAGUUUGAAACAGGUCGUUUGCAUUGCUGAAGAUUUUAUAAUAUGUAACAUGUUAGACUUUAAAAAACCAAUAGAAAAUAUACAGAUCUGUUAUUGGUUUAUUUUCAAUAAAAAGGUCCUGACCACUGACAGGGAGGAAACCUGUCUUCUAAAUAUCUAAAUUGUGUGUUGGGGGCAUAAAAACAUGUACCUUGUAAAAUAUAAAUCAUUGUUGUUGUGGGUAAAAGUAAUGUUUAGGCCUCCCCUUCCCCCUCCAAUGUAGUAUUUGCUCAAUACAACCAAAGAGCGCUGUUUCUUGUUCCUGGAAGACACGACUGUGGCUCUGCUGUGACCCCAUAUAUGGCUGUUGCUCUUUUAGAAAACUGCACAGUAUUUUGGGUGGUCCUUUAAGCCUUUUUUAGAAGUUCUGAUAGUUUAGAACUUUUGGUUGAAACUUCUUUUAUAAAUGCAAGUAAAUUUUUUUGUGCAAUAAAAUUUGCGUUUUGGA